AUGCAGCGAACCAACAGUGAACCAAACCCUUGUUCACAUCUGACAAUGAAUUGGCCACUACUCCUCUAUAUACUUGGCAGUCCUUCAAUAUCUGCCUCGCUAAUGCCAAUCAAUGUAGCUGCUAUUUCUGCUGCCACCACUGUCCAUGCUUCCUGUCGUCCACGUCGACAUCAUCCUUUUACUGUGGACAGAAGUGGCUAA